AUGUCUGCCAACAAGGACUUUCAAAUCGCCAUCAUCGGCGGCGGUAUUGCCGGACUCACUCUAGCUAUCGCGCUGCACCAUCGUCAAAUCCCCAUCAUGUUGUACGAGUCGGCGGCACACUUUGGCGAGAUCGGCGCCGGCGUAUCUUUUGGCCCCAACGCUGUGCAUGCCAUGAAGGCUUUGCACCCAGGCGUGUAUGAGGCCUUUCAAGCGGUCUGCACGCGCAAUGGCUGGGAGUCCAAGCAGAAGACAUGGUUCGACUACGUCGACGGAACUGAGGGCAACGAUAAGGAUGUCGCGUUCACCAUAGAGACGGAAUUGGGCCAGAAUGGCGUUCAUCGCGCGCACUAUCUCGAUCAGCUAGUGCAACAUUUGCCCAAGGAAAAGGCACAGUUUGGCAAGCGGUUGCUCGAGGUCAGGGAGCGCGAGGAUGGCAAGCUGGUCAUGCAUUUCAAAGAUGGGUCAACGGCGACAGCGGAUGCUGUGAUUGGGUGCGACGGUAUCAAGUCGAGAGUCCGGCAGACGGUUGUUGGUGCCGACCAUCCUUCCGUUCACCCCUCGUACACCCAUAAGUACGCAUACCGAGGUCUCGUACCCAUGGACGUUGCUGUCGACGCAAUUGGCGAAGAGAGGGCGAAGAAUUCGUACAUGUUUAUGGGACCCGAUGGCCACGUCCUGACCUUCCCCGUCAACGGUGGGAAACAGCUUAACAUCGUGGCUUUCCGCACUACUACGGAUGACUGGCCCGACUAUGAGCACCUCACGAGACCAGCCAAGCGGGAGGACGCUCUCCGCGACUUCGAGGGGUUUGGGCACAAUGUGAUCAGUCUGCUCAAACUCACGAAUGAGGACCUUGAUGUCUGGGCCAUCUUCGAUACUGGUGCCAACCCUAUACCUACUUUCUACAAGGGUCGCGUCUGUGUUACCGGCGAUGCAGCACACGCUACCUCUCCUCACCAUGGCUCAGGUGCGGGAUUCUGUAUUGAGGAUAGUUUGGUCAUGGCCGAACUCCUCGCCGAUGAGCAGGUUCAGAAGUCCAGUGAUCUUGAAGCAGUAUUUGCAACUUUCGACGAAGCGCGCCGAGACAGAUCCCAUUGGCUAGUACAGAGCAGCAGAUUCGUCGGAGACUGCUACGAAUGGAGAGCGGAGGGUGUCGGCAAGGACUUCAAGAAAAUUGAGGAGGAGAUCAACAGCAGGUUGUCCACUAUUGGAAAGGUGGAUGUUCAGAAAUUUGCCACCGAUGCUAGGGAGAAUCUCCAUGCGAGACUGAGCAAAUGA